AGCCAUGCCCUAUACUGCGGAAGCUUGAAACAACGGACGUCAUCAUGGCCGCUCCGGAGCUUAAAACAAAUGAGGAGCAGCAAAAGGGACCGUCCGUAUUUUUUCUGCACCCAGAUCUCGGCAUCGGUGGGGCAGAGAGGCUGAUAAUAGACGCAGCUCUAGCUCUCCGCGCACGAGGCUGUCGCGUGCAAAUUUGGACCCCGCGCUAUGAUUCCUCGCGGUGCUUCUCCGAAACGGCUCAACUAGACAUAAGAAUAGCUGGCGACUGGUUGCCACGAAACAUUUUCGGAAGAGGCCACGCUCUCUGUGCCGUACUACGCAUGAUAUGGCUGGCUUUGCACGUGCUGCUGCUUAGUGGAGAGGAGUUUGAUGUCUUUGUUUGUGACCAGGUAUCUGCAUGCAUUCCAAUACUACGUCUAGCUCGGAGCCAUAAAAAGAUUUUGUUUUACUGUCACUUUCCUGAUCAACUUUUAACUAAGAGGAAAUCAUUGCUUAAACGCAUCUACAGAGCUCCACUAGAUUGGUUAGAAGAAUAUACAACUGGCAUGGCUGACUGUAUUCUUGUCAAUAGUUACUUCACAGCAAAUAUUUUCAAACGCACCUUCAAAUCCUUGUGUCACAUGAAUCCAGAGGUCCUUUAUCCCUCUUUGAAUGUCAAUAUUUUUGAUACUGCUAUUUCUGCAAAUAUUGCUAAUAUAGUUCCUAAUGGAAACAAGAAAUUCUUGUUUCUUUCCAUCAAUAGAUAUGAAAGAAAGAAAAAUUUAGUUUUGGCUUUGAAAUCAUUACAUGAUCUUCGUGGUAGACUUGAUACUCAAAGCUGGAGUGAAGUUCAUCUAGUUUUAGCUGGUGGUUAUGAUGAGGCAGUUAAUGAAAAUGUGGAAUAUUUUGCUGAAUUAAAAGCACUCGCUACCAAACUUCAGGUUGAAGAUCAUACCACAUUUCUGCGAUCAUUCUCUGAUGAGCAGAAAGUAGCUCUUCUUAGUAAUUCCAUAUGUGUCCUAUACACACCAUGUAAUGAACACUUUGGUAUAGUUCCCUUAGAAGCUAUGUACAUGAAGUGCCCAGUUAUUGCUGUAAAUUCAGGAGGACCUAUGGAAUCAGUUGUAAACAAUCAGACAGGUUUUCUGUGCAAUCCUCUUCCAACCCAAUUUUCAGAAGCCAUGGAGAAAUUUAUAAAAAAUCCUAAUUUAAAGAGGACAAUGGGAGUUGCUGGAAGAAUCAGAGUUUUGGAAAAGUUUUCAUCAGGAGCAUUCACUGAAAAGCUGUAUCAACAUAUCCUUAAUACAGUGAAAUAAAAUCCUAUUGUGUAGUUUAUUGGUUGGAAAUGCUUAGUUUUAUCUACAUUCAUUGGCAUGUACUAAUUGCUACUGAUUGGAAAUCUUUAUAUGUGAUUUAAAGCUGGGUCCAAGCAUGUAAUGAAAAUAUUUGAAAUUGUCCUGAGACAUUUUGGAUAUUCAUUUGAAACCUGAAAAAUUAAACCUUUAUUCCUAACAAA